AUGGCUGAUCCGAUCGUCGACCAAAUGACUCGUCUGAAAUUAAAACUGCUAGAAAAGAGACUGGAGAAUGAGAGAGCGGGUCAUGAUGAAAGGGCAGACUCUGCGCUUUCCACAAGAAGUUAUGAUGGACGGAACGAAGCGCUUCACAGUGCUCUGAGACGCAAGAGAGACUUACUACGGAGACUACGGGAACAGCACAUCUUAGAUGACUUAACAAGGCCACAGACGUGGGCUGGAACUCGCAGGCAUCAUCAUUAUGAGUCUCCUGCAUCACCUUCACCCCCGGUUUUUAUUUAUCAGUCUCCGCCUCCAGCUCCUCCUCCAGCCCCACCUCCAGCUCUGCCUCCAGCCCCACAGCCUCCUCGGAUCAUCCAACACACUGUUCCACAUCCACCAUCCACCAUCAUUCAGCAGCUACCACAGCAGCAGCCGCUUAUAGCACAGAUAUCACCAGUCCAACCUGCACCCCACAGAUCCGGCAGCAUUAAAGAGGACAUGGUGGAGCUGAUGCUCAUGCAGAAUGCCCAGAUGCACCAGAUCAUCAUGCACAACAUGAUGCUCAAGGCACUUCCUCCAAUGGCCGCUGGCACAAACAGGGGUCCUCCUGCAGGCCAGGAGAACUCCAUUAAAGCCAAAGGAGCCGUCCACCAUCAUCACCACUAUGGGCCUCCGCCGCUCCCCCCUAUCGGCUACUCAGCUUGGCCGUCUAUGAUGGCACCUGAAAGGGGAGGGGCUUAUCAGCCAUCCAUUCAGCACAUAACCGGCCCUGUAACUCUGCCUCCGCUGAACACCGUCACUGUUGAUGGACUGAAGACAAGAUUUCCUCUUGGACUCUAA